AUGCCUGCUGCCACGGCGCUCUCGCAAGCACCAUCGCUUCUGAGCACAACAACGAGCGUUGCUGCACCUCCUCCAGACAGCGACUCGGACAGCGACGCCGAACUCGCGUCACACAUCCACCCAGAUUUGCUCUUACACCAUCAAAACCAGCUCUCUCUUCAACAUCAGGCAGCAAACGACGAAGGCACCGGAGCUGCUGCUGAUGGUGCUGGAGGCCCAGCAGCAUCUUCAGAAAGUGCAUGCAGAUGGAGUGGAUGUGGGCAACUCUUUGGGAGACUGGAAGACUUGGUCGGGCAUAUCCAUAAAGAGCACGUUGGCACGUCCAAAUCGACUUAUAAAUGCAUGUGGGAAGGAUGCCAGCUAUACGCAGUGACUCGGACGUCUCGUUUCGCGCUCAUAGGCCACAUCCGAUCGCAUACAGGUGAACGGCCGUUUACCUGUAAACUACCUGAGUGUGACAAGUCGUUUACGCGUUCGGAUGCUCUCACAAAGCACAUGCGGGUUGUCCACGGUAUCGAGCCUCCUGUUCCAAACAAGGGCCACGGACCUGCAGCGUCCGUUGCGUCCAAAAAGCGUAAAAGAGGUGCCAAGGCGGAAGACGAAUCCGACCAAGACGACGAGCUUCCACCGGGUGCACUCGACAGUGGCCUCGACGACGAAGGAGGGGACGACAUGGGUGGGAUUGGCACAGAAGACGAUACAUGGGGUCCAAGUGGUGCAAAAGGAAAGAAAAGGCCGAGCAGGAAGAGCAAAGGCGGCGUUGGGGGUGCAGCUGUGGCUAUCAAGACGGAAGAGGCAGCGACAAGAGCGCAUGUAGAAAUGAGCGACGAUGACGAGUCGGAUUACGAGAUUUCUCCAAAGGAUGUUGAUCCAAACACUGGAUUCGUCAUCGGCACCGAUUGCACACCUUCCAAAGUACGCUAUCUAAUUGUGAAGGCAAAAUAUCGGUACGCACUCGGGGAACACGAGCGCCUAUUGGAACGGCUUCAGUUUGAGAUUGACGAGGUCAAGCGACUACAAGAGUCCAAAGACGAAGCGCUAACAGAGCUCAUUGGCAAGCCAGACUCCCAUUCUUCGUGA